CGUAUUCCCUUCCCCUCUUCCGUCUUCUUCCCCUAUCCUCUCUUCCAAUCAACCAUCGGUUGAGCUUCCCAGCUUCAACUCUGCUCCCACUCUCCGAAGUCGCAGGUUCAUAGCAUCUCUCCUUCCCAGAGUCGCAACUUCCAAGCGUCCCUCCUUGGUCCGUGACUCAGUGCAGCUGCAUCAGGUCAGUUCCCUCUCUCACCACCAUGAUUGUCUCUGAUUCCGAUUCAGCUUCCGCAUCGUCCAAUUCUCGUCAUGCCGAUCAAUCGGCCUCUGGCCGUGACCCAAGCCAGACUCAAUCGUCUCGUUCGUCCCCGCCGGCUGUGCCCGGCCAAAAGCUACGCCGAUUGUGGAAGCAAUUUCUAUCUUCGACCCCAGUACGGGAGGGCUCGAGGGUCAGGCUGGACGAGAGCAUCAUGGCAUUGUGCCAUUGCCAAGUUAUUGACCGGGGGUUCGCCGAUGCCACUGAUAUGGUGGGACCCUCUAUUGAGGUUCUAAGGCCUACUAGCACCCAGCCCGCCCUAGACGCUUCGUCGGGGUUCUUUACAGUCCAUUUGGCGUCCCUGAAGAAGGGGCUGCGAUUUCCUCUCCACCCGCUGUUGAUUGAAUUCCUCAACGAGGUGGACCUCCUCCCCUGUCAGUUGGUUCCCAAUUCCCAUCGGUACAUUGCCGGUUAUCUAAUUAGAUGCAAGGAUAUAGGGGUGAAACCAACUCUCGACCACUUCCUGUUCACUUUCAAGCUGACCAAGGGUCACAAGGAUUGGGCGUCCUAUGCCAGUCUUUCCCAAAGGUCCAGCAAACUGUUUACCAGAGACAAGAAGGGGUCGACCAAGGACUGGAAGCCCUUCUUCGUCUUUGUCUUGACGGGGCCCGAAUCUCCUUUCACGGGUUCAGGGCUCCCUUCUUUCCGUCGCAUCCCUUGCCCCUCAUCUGACGCCACCCUCUUGUCCAUGACCCACCAACUUUGCGGCCGAGGGGCUGUCAACAUUAAGGAGGUGGUAACCGAGGAGUCUCUUGCCAAGAUGGGGUUUGAGUUCGUCCAAGACGAACUUUGCCACCAACCUGAGCUGUUGAGGGAUGUUCUCGGGGGCGGCCAACCCGACCAGCCAAGGGGCGCUCCUGAGGGAGGCCUUGAUUUUGGUCCUUUUGGACCUAGGAGAAGAGAUGGACAGCGAUCUCCUACUCAGUCGCUUCACGGCUGGGAGGAAGAGGAAAAGAGAGGCGAGGGGCCAAGGCAAGCGCUCUUCCUCCCACCGGGGGGACAGUCCUUCUCAAGAGCCGGCUGUGGCGACCUGGCUGGGUCGUCCCAAAGUGUUGUCUUGGAGCGACCUCAUUCGUCGCCCGCAGUGACCUACGAGGUGGCGACCGAGGGUCGCUCAACAAGGCUCAGCAUUCCUCCCCUGCCUCAAAGUCUAGGGGACGUGCAGCUGGAGACCUUGAUCACCCUGCCCGCGGAAGACCAGGCCCGCAUCUCGGCCGGUUCUGAGGACGAUCUUGACAACAUGGUCCUCUUGAGACUUAGCCAGGAGGUCGCCCGUCUUAUGAGGGAGUUGGAGGAGAAGGAGAGCCGCUGCGCUGCUCUUGAGGCGGAGAAAGCCUCCCAACAGGACCGCUGCGUUGCUCUUGAGGCAAGUAAAGCCUCCCAAUCUUUGGAGGUGGAAUCUGUUUCUGCUCGCGUGGUCGAGUUAGAGGGGGAGAAGACUGACCUGAUCCAACAGCUGGAGUUGGAGAGGAGCGACCGGGCCCGCCACGUGGAGGACGUGAUCGAGUCUUUUAAGUCUUCCCCUUACUUUACACUAGUCACUCUGGAGCGAAUGGACAGGCUGGCAGCCGAGUGGCUCAAAACUGAACACGGGGCUCAAUGGAUGGUCAAGGAGGGGACCAGGUCCUUCAACUGCGGCCUCUUCCGUGCCCAGCAAGUCUUCCAUGAUAAGCUAGCCCAGCUUCCCAAAGGAUUUUCUUUCCCCGACCUCGGCUUUCCUCCUCCCUGUCGUUCCCUGGCUGAGUUCGACCCCAGUCCUUACCUGGACGGAGGGAGCUCGAGCGCUUCCGACAAAGAAGAAGAAGAUGGACAGGGCGACCAGAAUCUGGGGCUCAACGUAGCAACAUCCAAGGCAGGCAAAAAUCCCAGCUCGAGCAUCUAACUCCCCUGUCUCCCCUCUUCUUGUUGCUUUUAUUCUGCCCUUCAGUAAUGUAAAGACUUAUGAUUUUUCGGAAUGCCUCGAUGUUUCGAUGCAAUGUUCUCAUGUUGGAUGUGAUGUCUAACUCGUUUUGAUCAUCAUGCGCUUUCCUUUCUCUGUACUUGAUUACUAUGCUCCUUAAUUUAGUUUAGCUCGUUAACAUGGUUUGGGCCCAACUUUUGACCCUGG